ACGAGCCGCUGGUGGCCCCUCGCGAAAGUUCGAGAGGAGUGAGCGGCGAAGCGCGGUUGCCAUGAGCCGCCCUAACGCGCCUGCGCACGUUCCCCUUACGGGAAAAGGAAUCGAGCGCGCGACUGUGUGCGCGCGUUCCCCGUGCAAGCCGCAACAUGGAGGAGCUACAGAAAGAUUUGGAGGAGGUGAAAGAGCUUCUGAAAAAAGCAUCCAGGAAGAGAAUCUAUGAUGUCUUGCUAGCAGAAAAGAACAAACUAGAGAAAGAAAUAAAAAACCAGCCGCCACCCAAACUAAAAGCAGAGAUAUCAGAAGAAGAAAGACAGCCACCCACGGGCUACACAGUGAAAAUCAACAAUUAUGCUUGGGAUCAGUCAGAUAAAUUUGUGAAAAUCUAUAUCACUCUAAGUGGAGUACAGCAUCUCUCAGCUGAGAACGUGCAAGUCCGUUUCACAGAAAGAUCAUUUGAUCUAUUGGUGAAGAAUCUGAACAGCAAGAACUACUCCAUGACAUUCAAUAACCUUCUGAAACCAAUCUCUGUGGAGAACAGCUCACGAAAGAUCAAAACUGAUAUGGUCCUGAUAUUAUGUAGGAAGAAGCAAGAGGAAAAAUGGGAGUGCCUAACUCAAGUCGAAAAAGAGACAAAGGAAAAGGAGAAAGCAUCAUAUGACACAUCAGAUCCAAGUGAGGGGUUGAUGAAUCUCCUGAAAAAGAUGUAUGCUGAAGGUGAUGAUGAGAUGAAAAGAACCAUUAAUAAAGCUUGGGUGGAGAGCAGAGAAAAGCAAGCCAAAGAGGAUAUACCACUAGAUAUUUGAACAGAUCGUGGGUUUUCUUUAUGGGGCUUCUGAUGUGCCACUGAGAUCAGAAAAAGUGGUGUUUACAUAACCUCCUUCCAAGCAAAGACAGUGCUCUACAUUUCAAGGUUGGAGAAAUAAAAUAAAACAUACUAUAAAGCGUC